AUGGAUCAAUUUGAAAGUCUUUACACGACGUUGCCGACAAUUACAAAAGGAGCGAGCAACGAGGAGCUUGCAACGGGAGACAACGAUGGUUUCGCCAAAUUCAUUUUAGCUCUCUACUGCAUAAUCUGCGUGGUUGGUAUCACAGCCUCUUUGGGAGUAAAUCCAAGAGACCAGCGUGAAAUGUGGCAGCUCCGAGCCUCCCAAACCCUGGUGAAGACACUCCUGGCCUGCGUCAUCACAUUCGGUGUGUGCUGGACUCCAAACCAAGUCUGGUACCUACUCUUCAAUGUUGGUGUACCAAUGGCUCCAGGUGGACCUUUCCAACACAUCACUGUCAUCUUAGCUGUUGGUAAUUCCUGUGUGAAUCCAGUCAUUUUCACAAUGACCAACAAGCCGUUCCGUAAAGGGAUCAGGGAGCUGUUUUGUAAGCAGCGGGAUUCGAACCAGGUGACUGACAGUACUGUAGCGACUGGCACUGUAUCCGAGACCGUCUCCAAUGGCUCAACGCAAGGAGUUUUGGAACAACGGUUUCCAUGUCGUUACGGUUAA